AUGAGCACCCCUGUGGCGGCUGAAUCUAGCGAUCAACAACUGGGCUCUGUCUUGCCUGUUGUCAGUUGGUGGCGCAGUCCUCACCUUCGUAGGGUCAGUCUCUUUAUGGGCGUUCUAUCCCUUUUCUCGUCUUCGGGCGGGUACGAUGGCUCUUUGGUCAAUGGCCUGCAGGCUAUGCCAGAAUGGGUUAACUUCAUGGAAAAGCCAUCCAGCACUUGGCUUGGCUUUAUAAGUGCUGUCUACUGGAUAGGGGCUUUGAUAUGCACCCCAGUUGCUGCCUGGGCGUGUAAUCGAUACGGGCGGCGAGUAGGCGUCUGGAUAGGGCUUAUUCUUCUAUUAGCUGGAACCGUAAUGGGUACGGCUGCAUCGUCCGCCAACGUCUUCACUGCGUCUCGUGCCGUGAUUGGUUGUGGUAUGGGAUGGGUAAGCAACACGGCCCCUAUCCUCCUCAGUGAGAUUGCCUACCCUGCACAUCGUGGUGUCUUCGGUGCACUCUACAUGGUCGGCUAUUACGUUGGAGCCGCUGUUGCAGCCUGGGCCACCUUCGCAACACAAGCGUAUGACGGUUCCUGGGCAUGGAGAUUGCCUCCUCGAUGGUUGAUAUCUAGGGGACGUAUCGAGAAAGCCCGUACAGUUCUAGCUGAGCUGCACACUGGUGGUGAUACUACUGCGCCUCUUAUUGUGUAUGAGGUCCAGAAUAUCCAAGAGAUAAUUCAAGCGGAGCACAGCGCGGCUGCUUCGGCCGGGUACCUAAACUUGAUCAAGACUCCGGGAGACCGCCAUCGGCUCUUCAUCACCAUUACGCUUGGGGCAUUUGCACAAUUGUCGGGCAACGGGGUAGUCUCCUACUACCUUUCCAUGAUAUUGACGUCUAUCGGCAUCACACACGCGCGCGAUCAGUUAUUGAUCUCGGCCUGCCUGCAAGUCUGGAACGUUCUUUUCGCAGUGCUUGGCGCCUCGCUGGUCGAAAAAGUCGGUCGGCGGGUUCUGUUCAUAACCUCGGCCAGUACCAUGCUGGCAGCUUUCAUCCUCAUCACUGCGUUGUCAGGCGCCUUUGCUAACACUGGCAAGGGUUCAGUUGGUAUUGCAGUUAUCCCUUUCCUCUUUGUAUAUUUCUUGGGAUAUGAUAUCGCGCUGACACCUAUGCUCACUGCGUAUACAUGUGAAAUCUGGCCUUUCAGCCUCCGCUCACAGGGGCUCAGUAUGGUAUGGUUGUCUGCCAUUGGAUGUACGGUGUUCAACACGUUUGUCAACCCAAUCGCGCUUUCGGCCAUCCAAUGGAAAUACUACUUUGUGUUCGUGGCCGUGUUGGCCGGAUACUGGUUCUCGGCGUAUUUCUUUUACCCAGAGACUCGCGGAUACAGCCUCGAGCAUAUAGCCGGUGUUUUUGACGGAAAAGAUGCUGAGGUGAGACAAGGAAAUGAAGAGAAACCUGAGCCGGUGGUUGGACCGGUGGCUACAGAGUCGGAACACGUACAUUUAUAA